GUGGAGCAUCCAGCAUGCCGAUCCCCCUUCCCAGUAGUCCUCACGAUUAUCUGGUUUGAGUAAGCCACUGCGAGCCCGAUUAGGGAAAAACAUUACGGAUCUACUCGCGUAUAAAAGCGCCUGUUUCCGCCCAUAGCACUUGUUGUUUUGAUGGUAUCAUGCACCAUUAAGAUACAGAAAAUGCCUAUCCGAGCUGCUCUCGCUUUCUCCCUCCUGUCCAGCUACGCCUGGGCCGACUCGUGGCAAGUCAUCGAUAGCGACUUUCCCGACCCCAACGUGAUCCAGACGGAUGAUGGAUACUACGCCUUCGGAACGACAAGCGGUGGCAUCAACGCGCAGAUCGCGCACUCAUCUGACUUCAACACCUGGGAGAAACUGGACACAGAUGCCCUCCCCGGUCCAUUCCCCGACUGGGUGAAGGAUGAUGCGCAUCCAGGGAUUUGGGCCCCGGAUGUUAUCCAGCGGGACGACGGAACAUUCGUGAUGUACUACUCCGCGGCCGCCCGCGAAGACGACAGCAAGCACUGUCUGGGCGCCGCCACAUCCGACUCGAUCACGGGACCCUACGAGCCCUCAUCCGACUCUCUCGCGUGUCCUCUUGAUCAAGGCGGUGCCAUCGACGCCGCCGGGUUCAAAGACUCAGACGGCACGUUCUACGUCGUGUACAAGAUCGACGGCAACAGUUUGAACGGCGACGGGACGACCCAUCCCACGCCGAUCAUGCUGCAAAAGCUGCAAGCGGACGCAGUGACUCCCGAUGGCGACGCGGUGCAGAUUCUCGACCGUGACGACAACGACGGCCCGCUUGUCGAGGCCCCCUCGCUGGUCAAGUCCGGCGAUAAGUACUUUUUGUCGUUCUCGUCGAACAUGUAUAACACCAAGAAGUAUGAUGUUAGUUAUGCAACUGCUGAUGCGGUCGGCGGGCCGUAUACCAAGGCGCAGGCGCCGGAUGCCCCGUUGCUGGUGUCUGGGGAUCCUAGCGAUGUUGGGGGCUUGGGUGGUCCGGGUGGUGCUGAUUUCCGGGAGGAUGGGAAGGCGAUUUUGUUCCAUGCUUUUAAUAACGGGGAGAAUUUGGAUGAGGGGAGAGGGGUUUGGGCUGCGAAUAUUAAUUUCGAUGGCGGAGUUAUUCAUGUUGAAUAG